UCUGACGUCAUCUCAUCGCGACUCGGGAAAACGAAAACAACCAAACAUCAAUGUUUCGUACCAACAAAAAACAUUUGAGGUCAAUAAAUGCAGUGUUCAAACGACGGAAUAUAUCAGAAAAAUGCACACAUACACUUGAAGAGAUUGUCAAUGUUUCGGAUCGCCAAAUAGAAUUAUUGUUCUCGAGGUUCUGCUGCUGCACGACAGUAUGAGCUCAAGGCUGUGCAAGACCUGCGGGGGGGUCGACAUCGAUGUGGACCAGGCUCGGGGCAGCGCAGUGUGCACAAGCUGUGGUUCGGUUCUAGAGGACAACAUCAUCGUCUCGGAGGUCCAGUUCGUAGAGGGAAGUGGAGGCGUGUCAUCUGCUGUGGGACAGUUUGUGUCUACUGAUGGUCCUGUAAAAACUCCUCUGCUUGGUUCUGGUUUCCACACUAGUGUAGGUAAAGAGUCGAGAGCACAAACACUGCAAAGUGGGAGACGUCAGAUCCAUCACUUAGGCAACCAGCUGCAGCUCAACCAGCACUGUCUGGACACAGCAUUCAAUUUCUUCAAGAUGGUUGUCAGCAGACACUUGACACGUGGACGUAAAACGGAACACAUCAUCGCUGCCUGCCUUUACCUGGUGUGCCGCACCGAAGGAACACCACACAUGUUGCUGGACCUGAGUGACCUGCUGCAGGUGAAUGUCUACAUCCUGGGAAAAACGUAUUUGUUAUUGGCUCGUGAACUCUGCAUCAAUGCUCCUGCCAUUGAUCCAUGUCUGCUAAUUCCUCGCUUCGCUCACAUGUUGGAGUUCGGGGCAAAGACUCAUGAUGUUUCUAUGACGGCUCUUCGUCUGGUUCAAAGGAUGAAGAGAGACUGGAUGCACACGGGACGCCGUCCGUCUGGACUCUGUGGUGCCGCGCUACUCGUGGCAGCCCGCAUGCACAAGUUCCGUCGUACAGUGAAGGAUGUAAUCGGGGUGGUAAAAGUUUGUCAGGCCACUCUGCGGAAGAGGUUAACAGAGUUUGAGGACACGCCCACCAGUCAGCUGACCAUUGAUGAGUUCAUGAAGGUAGAUCUCGAGCAGGAAUGUGACCCCCCCUCUUUUACCGCCUCCCUGUACAAGACCAAGAUGCAGCAGCUACAGCAAGAGCUGACCAAGAAGCUGGAUGAGGUCCAAGGAGAGAUCAGCUGUUUCCAAGACCAGAUUGAAAGCCAGCUGGAGAAAUGCCAACCUAAACUAAAAGGAGUUUAUGCCGCCUAUGUUAACAAAACAGACCUUCAAGAGGAAAUGACAAAUGACCUGAAGGAGCUGGAGGUUGAAGAUUGUGACUUCCACACUGCCACCCAGCACCUUACGCAGGACUUCCUGUGCCAGGUGAUGCAAGACGAGGACAGGCUGUGCAAAAACGACCAGGACGUUGGUAAUCCCGGGCCGGGCACUGAAGACGGGCAAGCUCGGCAGCAGAUCCCUUCUGUUAGCAUCAUCCUAGAAAGUGCUGCCGCUUUGGACCUCCAGCAAACAUUCCAGGUCUUUAGCAAGUCCCAAAUAGAAGUCACAACAUCGGCGGACGAGAAUUCUGAGAGUGGAGAUUUGGAUCUGGACGGUAUUGAUGAACAGGAAAUGGAUAAGUACAUCCUGAGUGACAAGGAGGUCCAAGUGAAGACCCAACUGUGGAUGCAGCAGAACCAAGAAUACCUGCAAGAGCAGAAAGAGAAAGAAGAAAGAAUUAAAAAAGAAAAAGAGCAGGGGACAUACAAAGAAAAGGUUGGUUAUUGGCUGGCGUUCAUGUUGGGAUGGAACUGGCCUUUCUCCUUUUUGCAGCCCAACAGGUGCAAGAAGAAGAAGGAAAGCCUCCAGUCGUCCACAGCCGGCGAGGCCAUCAAGAAGAUGCUGGAGAAGAAGAAAAUCUCUACUAAGAUCAACUAUGAUGUCCUCAAAGACCUCAACAGUGGGGAGACAGGAAGUGGAGGGGGCAGCAGCCCUGAAACGACCACCCCCAAACCUCCCGCUAGACCUGCACGAAAAAGACUCAGCCGCCGCAAGAAGGCGGCUAAUAACACUGUUGUGGACCUGGCCGCUACUGCUACUAUGAUGGGGAAGCGGCUGGGUCCCCUCUUCUGUGGGCCCCCUGAAAAAAAAAACACGUCGCAGGUGGAAGAAGCUGUUUCCAUGACAACAGUUUUGACAACUCUCAAACCAGAGUCCGACUGCACUCCUAUCCUAGACAAGGGCGACAACGAGGAGUGUGUCAGCGCCCUUCAGCUUGUUGGACGUCAGUAUUUUGGCUGCGAAGACCAUGAAGACCACGAAGAUGAUGAGCACCUUUUUUAAUUUUUUUAAAUUAUUUUAUACUUCAAAAUGUGAUAAUGCAAGAGUCAAAGAUUCUUUAUCGUCAAUUUUUUUUAUACAUAAAAGACUUAAGGAAGAAUCGAGAUGGGGCGUCUCUCUGUACUCCAAGCUCGGGGAGAGAAUGGCUGCUGUGUCCACAUUCACAAACAGUUUGUCAUUUAAUAAUGACACAUCAAAGAGAUGCCAUUUUGUCUUUACAAAACUACCCCGCCUUCCGCCCGAUUGUAGCUGAGAUAGGCACCAGUGCCCCCCGCUACCCCAAAGGGAUGGAUGGAUGGAUGGAAAACAAAACUCAAGUCCAGAUAGGGAAAAAACAGCACUGACUGAUUUUGUUUUUCAAUGAAGUCCCCAUGAUUGACAAGACUCCCUCGUCCCUGUCCCCAGUCUCUCCCCCCCACCCCCCGUUUGGCUCGGCAGGAGCUGGAUUUUUAGGCCCUCAGUCUCUCCCGAUCCGAGCCACACCAGAGAGCCUCAGCCGGGUUGAUCUCCUCCUUCAAGUAUUCCUGGACCAGCUCCUGCUUGGUCAUGUUCUGCAGGCUCUACAUGUAGUACAUCUCGUAUGUCAAACAAAUAUGUCAAAUGUUUUUUACACAUUUUAAAGUUAACUUGUAAAUAUUACUAUAGCAGCAGCAAAUACAUUGUAGCAGAAACAACAAGCUGUCUUUUUCUCAGCUCUAUGGUAAAUGGUAAAUGGAUUGUACUUGUAUAGCGCUUUUCUACCCCUUUUCAAGGAGCCCAAAGCGCUUUGAAAGUAUUUCCACAUUCGGCCAUUCACACACACAUUCACACACUGACUGUUGGAGCUGCCAUGCAAGGCGCUCACCAGGACCCAUCAGGAGUAAGGGUGAAGUGUCUUGCUCAAGGACACAACGGAUUUGACUAUGAUGGUAUAAGGUGGGGAUUGAACCAGUAACCCUCAGAUUGCUGGCACAGCCACUCUACCAACUUUGCCACGCCGUCCCACCAUUACAUGCCUGAGUGUCCUCAAACGCAUUAUCACAAUUUUGAUAAUAGUAAUGGAUUAGAGUAAUAAAAUGCUUUACAGUGAUAA